AUGCACAAGAUCUCCAAUUUUACGGGCCAGGCCCGUCAUGGCUGGGAGCGGAUGACGCCUACCUUUGGCAUGUCCAGACCUCAUACUGACAUGACCUCCCACACUCUUCGGCGGCCGCACGGCGCUCCUCCUAUGACUCCUCCCACUGGAAUCGAUCCCACGGUCAACAUGUCCUUCAAUGUCCCAUUCUCCUCCACCCUCGCCGGUCCCGAUAUCGAUGAUGUGAUUCAUGCGAGUCCCGGCGCCCUUCAGCGCUGGUCUUUUCCUGAAGGCACCCCGGAAGGAACCCCGGUCUACAACCUACCUGUCCACGCCAGCAACGUCGAAUCUCUUCGCAGAUUGUGCCGUCAGAUUACGGAGUCGAGUAACGGUCGGGUUGAAGCGGUGGUUACGUCUUCAGAACCCAAGUCGGUUUCAUCAUUGCAGAGGCGACCUCAAGGCUUGGUGACCAACGUCUGCAUCACGGGUGACGGAGAAACUGUGCGCAAGAUGCGGGCAAAAAUUCUCAAUGAGACACCCAUUCUACUGCGCUGCGCGACCGUCGACGUGGACAUACAUCUCAUUAUGGAUGGAUCGACCAAGGGCGUUCGAUCGAGUGUUCUGGAACACCUGGAUACCUUGGCCGCCUACACGGGCACCGACAUUUUCCUGCUGAGCCCCAAGUUUCGUGAUUCGGACAGUUCGGUGGUUUCAUCCUAUGGAUACGCUUCGGACAAUGGGCUGGAUCAUCGAUUCCGGGUUUCCAUCUACGGUGACAUGGAGAGUGCUGAGCAUGCCAAGACCAGAGUCUUGAUCAUGAUUGACCAAAUUCUGAAACGUCAUGUGGAUGCCAUGAGAUUGGAGUUGACCAUGCACACUUUGGUCUGCGGUCGGACGCGCAAGAACAUCAAGCUCAUCGAAGCGGCUACCGGCACGGCAAUUUACUUCCCCCCACCCUUCCCACGGAUUUUCGGCUACACUCCUCCAGGUGCCCAUCGCCGCAGUGAGGAUGAGGUGUACAUUACGGGUGAUACCCAGGAACAGAUUGCUCGUGCCAAACAGAAGUUGCGCGAGUUGGUGAUGGGAGUCAAGAUCUACGUCAAGGAUGUCAUCGUCAAUUCCAACAAGAUUGACAACAUUCUGCUUGACCGCCUCGACAAAGUCCGGAAGGUGAUGGAAAUGAACGGUUCCUAUGUUCUCUUCCCGCAACUCGGCAGUCAACGGGGCCUUGUGCGUAUUCAGGGCACCGAGGUACUGCACGUUGAGCGCACUGUGCGGGAGAUAAUGGCUCUGGCCGGUCAAUUCUACAGUGCUUCGUGGUGGAUCAUCAUGCCUGACCCUUCCCAAGGCGGCUUCCGCGCUCCUUCAGCCGCGGACAUCCGCACAAUGUUGUCUGACAUCUGCACCAAUUCGGGCGCCGAAGUCAGCUUUGACAACCUGACUUUCACCAUCAAUGGGUCGGACGACGCGGUGAAAUCCGCAAUGAUGGUUGUCAACCAAAUUCCAUUUGUGAAGCGAAGCCAAUACCAAAUGCGCGUCAAGAUUGAGCUUGCAAAUGAGCACAAGGAGUUUGUCAGUGGAAAGAAGAACGGCAAGAUCAAUAAAAUCAUGGGCCAGAGCAACGUUCAAAUCAUAUUCGAUGGCUUCAACGAGUACAACUUCUACAUCGACGUCUGUGGCAAUCAAUAUGAGUCCACGAAGAACGGUCUUGAUCUUGUCGAGCAGGAAAUGCCUGCUUCCAUCUCUUUCCAUGUGCCGGAUCAGUACCACAAGCGGAUCAUCGGAAUCGGCGGACAGCACAUUCAACGCAUCAUGAAGAAAUAUUCCGUCUUCGUCAAAUUUUCCAACGCUAUGGACCGCGGCGGUAUGGGCAAGGAAGAUGAUGACAUCAAGGUUGACAAUGUCAUCUGCCGGACGCCAGCUCGUAAUGCCCAGUCUCUCGAUCUGGUCAAGCAGGAAAUCAUGGACAUGGUUGAGAAAGUUGUAAGUGCUCGACCUUGUCGUCCAAGCCCGUUAAAGGUUGGCCUUCUAAUAGCUAUCCAGGAUGCCGAAUACGUUUCUGAGCGUGUUGUCAUCAAUCGCUUGUACCACCGUGAACUGCUUGCCCGCAUGACCGAGAUCGAUGAACUCGAGAAGAAGUGGAAUUGCAAGAUCGAGUUCCCUAGCACGGAGCUCGCUAGCGAUGUCGUGACCAUUUCUGGACCCGAGUAUCAGGUCCCUCAGGCCGUUGAUGCCUUGCUGGGAAUGGUGCCUGAGAGUCACGAACUUCUUUUCCAGAGCUCUCAGGAAUUGCGUGACUUCUUCAGAUCUCCCGAGUUCCGUGAGGAUGUCUGCUGCAAGUUGAAAGAGCAAUACGAAGUUGAUACUUCGGUGGACGCAAAUCCCGAGUCGCCAAUCUCCGAGACUGGUUCGGCUUCCUCGACUUUCGCUCCCGAGGACCGUGUUGUGCUCGGGUACACGCGCAACAACGCCGGUGGGCUCAAGGAUGCCAUCGACUUCUUGAUCUCCCGACUUGUCGCCCAUGGCCUCGAUGCGACCACGGUCAAAGGUGCGAUCCCGCGGCCCAAGUCCGACUCGUUUGAAGAGUCCCUCCCGUUCUUCGACUCGAAGCUAUUGCAGCAUGCUCCCACUCCCAUUGUUACCGACUCCCCCACCCGGCCCAACUUCCCCGAUGAGACGAGCGAGCGUGGAUCGAUUUUCGAGAGGCUUCGGAAGCCCGGCAGCAUCUCCUCGUUCUCUUCUUUCAUUGGUCGUAAGAACCAUUCCGCCUCUCCCGGUUCGUUCUUCAAACAUGCAUCCAGCAAUGCGUCAAAGGCCUCUCUUGUUUCCAUGGAGUCCCGAGACAGUGGCUACCGCAACCCAUGGAAUGACUCGGGGGUGAAUCUGCCCGAGGACGACUUGCCUGUCCUUGGCAGUUCCCACAGCCACAGCAGCAGCACAAACGGUUGGCCAGCACGUUUUGAUACUAAAUUUCCGUUCGGUACCGCGCCAGGCGACAUGACUCCCAAGCAUGAUCCCCGCGCGUCUUUUGAUAGUGGUCGUCCUAGUACUUCCAAUUCUACUUCUGGAUACCCGGCUCCUAUUGGGCCACCGCGUUAA